AUAAAAGGGCCGACCCCGACCAAACCGAACUCCCCCGACCGAGACCAAAACGAGCACCAGACGCAACCAUUUCCCACCAACCCCCUCCGCCUCGCACGCCGCGAUUCGCAGAUGGAGGGCCUCAUCCCGCUGCUCUACAAGGCGAUCAAGGACCGGCGGAGCAACGCCGCCGGCGGAGGCCGGGCCUACGACGCCGCCGGUGGCACGCCCGCGCCCGUGGACCUCGAGGACCCGGAGCAGAGGCGGCGGUGGCUGCAGCAGGAGCUGCGGUCCCCGGUCCACGCGGCCUCGUCUGCGGCGGCGGAGGGCCCGCUGCCACACCGGCGGAAUCUGUCGCUGGAGGAGCUGGCGGGCGAGGUGGGGCUCUCGCACGACCGGCGGCUGCGCGUGCCGCUGCCCAAGGCCAGGAGUGUCCGCGCCUUCGCCUGCAUCGGCGCCGCCUGACGCCGCCGCCCGCACACGAGUAGGCGUACGUCCGUUCGUGAGUGCAGCGAGUUCGUCAAGUUGUCCAAGAUUGUUAAGUACUAGUAUACCCCGUAAUUGUUACGGAUGGGGACUUCUAUUGUCUCGGAUUUCUUUGAUUUUAAGAGAUCCAAACAAGAUUUUGCACUCAGUCUGGCAAAGAUUGCACGACAAAACCACCUUGAUCUU